AUGCGGGCACCCAGGAGACCCGAGAAGCCCAGGCUCGCCGUGGCCGUGGAUUUCGGAACCACGCUGACUAAAGCCACCAUACUUAUCUUGCACCCAGACAAUGAGCCGCAGAUGAUCGACGUGCGAAACUACCCCGGGGAUACCGCCGGAGAUAGCAUGGUACCGUCAGUCCUCUCAUACAGUGCCUAUGGCGAAGGCAGCAGCCGAAUGUGUUUCGGAUACGAAGCACAGCAAGAGCUGUGCUCCGGCGACCCCCAGCGAGUUAUAUACGGUCGAUUCAAGCCCGAAUUCCCCAGCGGGUCGGUCAGGCCGAUCAAUGCCGAUGGGCCGACACGCAAUGUAGAUGAGCUCUACCUCCGCAUGGCCCAGAUCAUGUAUCACCACAUCCGGUAUUUUUACCGAACCGCUGUCAGAAAUGAUUACGACAUGCCUCUGCCCGACUGGGAGGAGAUCCCGGUGGAGUUUUGCUUCAGCGUCCCUGCCACUGGUAGCCCAGAGCUCGCCGGCGAGAAGCUCAAGCAGCUGGCGAGACAGGCUGGCUUCGGAGGUGUCCCUGGCCACUCUAUUUUCCAUGUCGUCCUCACUGAGGGUGAGGCGUCAGCUAUUUUCUCCCUUACGUCCCGAGAUGGGACCGGCGAGACAGUAGUGGUUGUCGAUGUCGGUGGGGCUACAUCGGACCUCUGCGUUCUCAAUGUCACCGAUCAGAACGCCGCUCAAGUGGCUCUCGACUUUGCGGAGCCUGUCCGGGGCCAGUCCAUCGGCGCAAUAAAUGUCAACAAUGAGCUCGAGCAGCGUCUUGCUCAGUUCCUCACAGCACGUGUCGACAACCCUGUAUCGUUGGCUCGGUCAAUUGUCAAUAAUUUCAAGCUCGAGGUCGAGAAAAUUGCGGUGUGCUCACAGACCAGCAAAGGCAAUGGGGUCAAGAUCAAGAUCCGUGUGACUGCGGCACCUGAGGGAGGCAACCAGAGUGGCAGUGGCUCAGAUCCAGCCACUGCUGGGUUGUCGAUAGCAGGUAACCAGCUGACCAUCGGAAGCGAUCUCAUCCAACGUCUGGUUGACGCCCAGGUGCUUGGAACGGGAGGGUAUGGAGAUGUGUACCUCAAGCGCCAACUGGACGCUGUGAUCGAGGAUGCGUGGAUAAAGAGAACCGCGGGGACCAGCGGCGAGGUCCACCUCAUCCUGUGGUCGGGCGGUUUCGGAAGCUCUGCCUACGUGCGUGGCCAACUCCAGAGGCGCCUGAUUGAAGAGCGCGACGGCGAACCUCGGCCCUACGGACCCCCGGUCCACCGCAACAUCAAGGACCUGAAGUUUGCAGUCUCAAGUGAGCCCCAGAUGUGCGUCUGCAAGGGACUCCUGCAGCACUGGCUGAAAGACUGGGAAAGCUCACCACUGGAGCAGGAGGGGCAGGCGGAGGACGCGCAGGGACAGAAGAAGCGGAAGGGAUCCUGGUGGAGACGCAUGUUCCGGCUUCACAAAAAGUGAGGCUGGGUCUCAGGCAGCACGGGAAGGGGGCAGGAGAGAGAGGCUCCGGCGGUCGUGUGGACAUUCAAUUCUUUCGAUGAAGGGAGUUAUAG